GGUAUAAGUAGGAGUGGGACAGCACUUGACGUGACAUGUCACGUUACGUUGAUAAUGCCAAAGCAUGUUUCCCACUAUUGUGGGUUUGUGUUAUUUUAUUUUACCUCACAGCCAAGACACUAAAGGGACCAACUGCCUGAUUUGAGUAUCUUGCAGACUUUUGCCUUCAGAGUGGACAAGAGUCUCCCGACAAGUGACAUUAUCAGGAUGAUCGUGCUGUGGGUUACACUGCUUUUCCUGCAUCAUGGAUAUUCGCUGGUUCCAAUGAUCACAGUUCAUCUUGGUGAACCUGUGACCUUCACAUGUGUCUUACCUGGUACAGAGUUAAGCAGUAGACAACUCUACUGGUACAAGCAGAGUGCUGGGGAUACUCUGAAAUUAAUUGUGACACUAUGGAAAUCUACAAAACCUAAGUUUACACCAGAGUUUUCUGAAUCAAGACUACAAGUAAACGAUCAUAGGAGUUUUAUCAACCUGACCAUAGUGAAGACGAUUCAAGAAGAUGAAGGAAUGUAUCACUGUGCAAUCGUGGAGUGGAUUGAAACUAAAUGGAGUGGGACAUAUCUGUCAGUAAAAGGAAACGCUCAGAGGACAUCAAACUAUACUGUUGUUCAGAGUCCAACAGUAUCUGAUCCAGUUCGUCCAGGAGAAUCAGUGACUCUCCAGUGUUCAGUCCUCUCUGACUCUCAGAACAAGACAUGUUCAGGAGAUCACAGUGUGUACUGGUUCAGAGCUGGAUCAGAUAAAUCUCAUCCAAACAUCAUCUACACUGAUGGAAAUAAACCUGAUGAAUGUCAGAAGAAACCUGAUGCACAUUCUCCUCCAAAGAGCUGUGUUUAUCACUUCUCUAAGACUGUCAGCUCCUCUGAUUCUGGGACUUAUUACUGUGCUGUGGCCACAUGUGGAGAGAUCAUUUUUGGAAAUGGAACAAAACUUGGGAUUGAAGGAAGCUUCGUGUGGUCACAAACAGCCAAUACAGUUAUUUUUCUGCUGUCUACUGUCAUGGCUAUAAGUCUGAUUGUCAUAACCUUCCUCAUUCACGCUAUCAAGAAGUGUGACUGUUGUAAUGUUGCUGUUGCCCUGCACAAAAACAGUGGAAGUCACAAAAGUCAACAGACACCUGAAGACAUGUUGGUUUAUUCUUCUGUCAUAUUCACCAUGAUGAAAGAUGGUGGUGGUGCAAUAAAGGAUGCAAAAGCAGCAGAGAGAGAGAGGAUCUAUGCUGCUGUGAAGGCUUUUGGACUGGAUUAGUGAGUAAACAGAUCUGUUUUGUAUCUUUCAGUACUGUGCAGUAUGAUUGUUAAGCUAAAGGGUUUGUUAGGAAGUACUGUACAUAUUGUAAUGUAUAUCAUUUUAAUCAGUUGGCAUGUUUAUCCUAUCCAAUCCUCUGACUCUGUUCUGGCACCAAUAUAGUAGGUGGACUAAAUCUCAGAGAGAUCAGGAGAUUUUAAAUUGGAGAAAAAUUAUGUACACCUGAUAACUGUGCCCUGUUUGUUUCAGUAUUAUUUUUACAUUCCUAUGCGUUUUUGCAAACGGAUGGCAAAUGAGAGAGAGAUGAGGUCUCAGUCAGUGCUCUGUAUAGUAACUGGUAUCAGAAGAAAGUCAAAUCAGAUGAAACUUGGUCUAUUGCAUCAUUAUGUAUAAUACUGCUGUAAAGGCUUUUUGACUGGAUUAGUGAGCUAAUAGUUCUGUUUUGUAUCAUGUGCUGCCGUACAGUGUGAUUUAGUUGAGGUCAGUCUGUUUUAAAGCUAAAAGCUUUGUUCUGUAGUACUGUACAUAUUUAUCAUUUUAAUCUGUGUUUUAUCCGAACCAAUCCUCCUAUGUAGAGAAAAAUGAUACAUACCUGAUGACUGCGUUGUGUUUGAGUAUUUUUAUAUGCAUUAUGUUGUGUAUAUUUAGAUGCAUUUUGAUAGCACGUAGAGAUGACAGGAAAUAAGGGAGAUAUGCGGUAUCAGUUAGUGCCCUGUGUUGUAACCAGUGUCGGUCAGAUCAGAGAAUGUGAUUUGGAACUGUAUCAAAAUACAUCAAUAAAAAUUGUUUUUCUGUAUCAAAGUGUUGCUACUGCUGUGAUCUGUUAUUUUGCAAAAGUGCUGGUUAUUCUGAAGAUUUCCAAACACUGAUCAGGAUUAGUGAAAUCUAUCCGAUAUCGUGUGUUAGGUGUAAAUUGGACUUUGU